AUGAGUGGGAGGAUCCUCUCCCAUCGACUUGCCCCGCUGGUGCGGACUGGCAUGGCACGCCACAUCCAUAGUGCAGCCUCCAGAACCGGGGGCCUUCUUCGAGCUGAUAGUGGUGCUGGUUUAAGACGACGCACUUGGCCUAUCGGUGCUAAUGGGAUUCACAACAACGUGCCCGCAAUCCGGGCUUUUUCAUUCACCCGAAUGCUUCCAAAGCUUGCCUUGAAGCUUAUUCGAAUUCCGGCUAUGUUUGGAGGGGCUACGGUUGCGGGCUUGGCUUAUUUCCAAUACCAAGCUACUCAGGCUGGUAACUAUGCGAUGGAUCUAUUUAGGACGGCCAGUGAGACUGCGGGAAAUACAGCAUCGAGUUUAUUCCAGGGCCUUCAAGACGUGGCGGAACAGACACAGCGUGGAUGGAACAAGACGACAGAGGAUGUUGAGAUGCCUGAAUGGUUGCAGAAGAUUUUACGGACGGAUGAGGAAUCUCAAUCUCAAAAUGGCGGCGAUAAAGAACCGAAGGAAGGACGUGGUAUUACUGGAGGUGUUGCAGCUGGAUCAACUGCAGCAUUCGGUUACGACCAGUCUGAGGAGGACGACAAUCGCGCCGAGAAAGAGGUUGCCCAAGAUGAUCAGAUGAUGGUUCUUACUCGCAAGAUGAUUGAGAUCCGGAAUAUCCUUCAGUCUGUCGGUCAAUCUGGAAGCUUGACCCUACCAUCGAUUGUUGUCAUUGGGUCUCAGUCUUCCGGAAAGAGUUCAGUCCUAGAGGCUAUCGUUGGACACGAGUUUUUGCCCAAGGGCUCUAACAUGGUCACCCGACGACCUAUCGAGCUUACGCUAAUUAAUACCCCGAAUGCUCAAUCUGAGUAUGGCGAAUUCCCCGCCCUUGGUCUGGGCAAGAUUACCGAUUUCUCGCAAAUUCAGCGCACACUCACCGACCUGAACCUCGCAGUUCCCGAGAAGGACUGUGUUUCGGAUGACCCCAUUCAGCUGUCUAUCUACUCCCCGAACGUUCCAGACCUCUCUUUGAUCGAUCUACCCGGUUAUAUCCAGGUGGCUGGUCACGACCAACCCCCAGAGCUGAAGCAGAAGAUCAAUGAUCUCUGUGAUAAAUACAUUCAGGCUCCCAAUGUUGUCCUGGCUAUCUCAGCUGCUGACGUUGAUUUGGCGAACUCAACUGCUCUGAGGGCUAGUCGUCGUGUGGAUCCUCGCGGCGAACGCACCAUUGGUGUUAUCACUAAGAUGGACCUCGUGGACGCCGAACGUGGCCAUGACGUUCUCACGGAUAAGAAGUACCCUCUUCGUCUGGGCUACGUAGGUGUCGUGACUCGUAUUCCCUCGACAAACGCAUUGUUCUCGCGGGGCUCUGGAAACAUCACUACCGCUAUCCUCAAAAACGAGAAUGCCUACUUUUCGGCUCACCCUACCGAGUUUGGCACUCACUCUGAUGUAUCUGUUGGUGUCUCGACUCUUCGCAAGAAGCUGAUGCAUGUUCUCGAGCAGACCAUGGCAUCUAGCCUUUCGGGAACCAGAGACGCAAUCAGCCAAGAGCUUGAAGAGGCAACUUACGAGUUCAAGGUCCAAUACAAUGAUCGACCUCUGAGUGCGGAGUCCUACUUAGCCGAGAGCUUAGAUAGCUUCAAGCACUCCUUCAAGGCAUUCGCCGAAGCUUUUGGCAGGCCACAAGUGCGUGAAAUGCUGAAGCAUGAGUUAGACCAACGUGUUAUGGAUAUCCUCGCACAACGCUACUGGAACAAACCCGUUGAAGACUUGAACCCGCCAAUGCUUGAGUUAGACCCGCUCAAGGACCUCCCUAAGGCUGAUCCUGAGUCCCUGUACUGGCACCGAAAGCUCGAUGCUUCUAGCUCCACCCUGACAAAAUUGGGUAUCGGCAGACUCGCUACAACAGUGGUUGCCAAUGCUCUUCAAAAUCACGUCGACCAGCUCCUGUCAACUUCCACAUUCGCUACCCACCCAGGUGCUCACAAGCAGAUUACAGAUGCCUGCACUAGCAUUCUUAAUGACCGCUUCUUCAGUACCAGCGAUCAAGUCGAGAACUGUAUCAAGCCAUACAAGUUUGAGAUUGAGGUUGAGGACUCCGAAUGGUCAAAGGGCCGUGAGAAUGUUAGCAAGGUCUUGAAGGACGAGCUUAAGGCAUGUGAAUCCGCAAUUAAGCAUGUUGAAGAUAUGGUUGGAAAGCGAAAGCUCAAGGAUGUCAUGUCUUUCGUUGAAAAAGUCCGCAAGGGCGAUGUUGUUCUCGAAGGUAACGGCACUGGAGGUGCUGGUGGUUUCAGCUCCGCUCUUCUGGAAAGAGGUCGUGAGGGUGUCUUCCCUCGCGAUCGAGCGGAUCUUAUCAAGUUGCGUAUGAUGGCCGUCCGAUCCAAGCAAUGCGCCACACAAAAGAACAAAUACUACUGUCCCGAGGUCUUCCUCGAUGUAGUAGCCGACAAGCUCACCUCAACCGCCGUCCUCUUCCUCAACGUUGAGCUUCUCUCCGAAUUCUAUUACAACUUCCCUCGCGAGCUGGAUAUGCGACUGGGUCGACACCUUUCCGAUGCUGAGGUCGAGCGUUUCGCUCGUGAAGACCCCCGUGUCCGUCGUCACCUGGACAUCAUCCGCAAGAAAGAGCUCCUGGAGCUUGCUUUGCAGAAGAUCGAAGGAAUCCGACAACUAGACGGCCGCAAGUCGAGCCGAGGCGCUGAACGUGCACAAGCUUCAAAGGAAACUCGGAGCCGUUGGGGCAUUUUCUAG